CCAUACUCUCUUUAACUCAACUGUGCCCACAAACAGAACAUAACCAGAGAGACGAAAGCAGAGCAAAAGAGAAAAUAAAAAAAUGGGAACUAAAACUCCGAUCCAUGCAAUUUCGAUGUGGGUUCGACGGCAGCCCCCGAAGAUCAAGGCGAUUUUAGCGGUGUUGGCGGCCAUGACUACUUUGGUAUUUCUGAGAAUGGUGGUUGACGAUCAUGACAGCCUCUUUGUUGUUGCCGAGGCUGUCCAUGCUAUUGGAAUCUCCGUUCUCCUCUACAAGCUCAUGAGAGAAAGGACUUGCACGGGGCUUUCACUAAAAUCGCAGGAGCUGACAGCUCUGUUUUUAGCCGUAAGACUGUAUUGCAGUUUUGUCAUGGAAUAUGAUAUACACACGGUUCUUGAUACAGCUACAUUAGGGACAACUCUCUGGGUUAUUUAUUUGAUACGUUUUAAACUGAGGUCCAGUUAUAUGGACGACAAAGACAACUGUGCAAUUUAUUAUGUGGCGAUACCCUGUGCUAUUCUAUCUCUUUUCAUUCAUCCAUCAACACAGCAUCAUCUUAUCAACAGAAUCCUUUGGGGGUUCUGUGUCUAUCUUGAGGCUGUAUCAGUCCUACCUCAGCUACGGGUCAUGCAGAACACGAAGAUAGUUGAACCAUUCACAGCGCAUUAUGUAUUUGCACUUGGAGUGGCAAGGUUCCUCAGUUGUGCACAUUGGAUUCUCCAGGUCUUGGACACUCGAGGACGGUUAUUGACAGCUUUAGGUUAUGGAUUAUGGCCGUCUAUGGUUCUCCUCUCUGAAAUUGUCCAGACCUUCAUUCUCGCAGAUUUUUGUUACUACUAUGUCAAGAGUCUUGUUGGUGGACAACUUGUUGUGCGACUUCCAUCAGGAGUGGUGUGAAUUAAUUGAAUGGAAUCAUCAAACUGCUCUUACCAAUGAAUGGAAUUCAGGAGUGUUGAUGCCUGCCAUUCUCAAGGACCAAGGAUACUUUGUACAUUAUUUAACACAAAUCUGUUUACUAUUUAUAGAGUAGUCAUCCCUUGCUAUUUGACCAAUUUACUUGAUAUUUAUUGUUAGUGGAUGUUUGCUUCCAAAGCUAAUAGCUGGAUUGAGCGAUCCUGGUAGGGUGAAUAAAAAGAAGGCAACUGUUGAAAGCAGAGCGUGGUGGACCUUGAUAAUGAAAUUCCACUUUCCAGUGACCAGUAAUGUAUCACCAUUUCAUGGCCCAGCGAUUGAAGAAAGAAAAAUCCAGAACACAUUGUCUUCAUAGCAGCAGUUAAAAACAAAAAAUAUGUAUAUGUGGAGGACAAAAGA